AUGGCGAGAGGCAUCACGACGGCAAUGCUUGUCUGUGCUGCGGUGGUGGUCGUGCUGCUGCUGCUGCUGCUGCUGCCGCCGACGAUGGCGGCCGGCGGCGGCGUCGGCGGCGGCAAGGGGUUCGACUACAGGAAGGCGCUGCAGAGUGGGUUGCUCUACUUCGAGGCGCAGCGGUCGGGGCACCUGCCGUACAACCAGCGGGUGCGGUGGCGCGGCCACUCGGGGCUCGCCGACGGGCUGCAGCAAGGGGUGGACCUCGUCGGCGGCUACUACGACGCCGGCGACAACGUGAAGUUCGGCCUGCCGAUGGCGUUCACGGUGACGAUGCUGUCGUGGAGCGCCAUCGAGUUCGCGGCGGAGAUCGCGGCCGCCGGCGAGCGGCGGCACGUGCUGGAGGCCAUCAAGUGGGGCAUCGACUACCUGGUGAAGGCGCACACGGCGGCCGACGAGCUGUGGGCCGAGGUCGGCGACGGCGACACCGACCACUACUGCUGGCAGCGCCCCGAGGACAUGACCACCUCGCGCCAGGCCUACAAGGUCGACCGCCACAACCCUGGCUCCGACGUCGCCGGCGAGACCGCCGCCGCCCUCGCCGCCGCCUCCAUCGUCUUCCGCCGCUCCAACCCCCACUACUCCCACCUCCUCCUCCACCACGCCGAGCAGCUGUUCGACUUUGGUGACAAGUACAGGGGCAAGUACGACAGCAGCAUCGGCGAGGUGUGGAGCUACUACGCGUCGGCGAGCGGCUACGGCGACGAGAUGCUGUGGGCGGCUCUGUGGCUGCACCGCGCGACCGGCCGCCGCGGCUACCUCGACUACGCUGUCGCCAUGGCCGACGAGUUCGGCGGCACCGGCUGGGCCAUCACGGAGUUCAGCUGGGACGUCAAGUACGCCGGCCUCCAGAUCCUCGCCGCCAAGGUGCUCAUGGACGGGAAGUACCCCGAGCAGCACCGCGCGACGCUGGAGCAGUACAGGUCCAAGGCGGAGCACUACCUCUGCGCCUGCCUCGGCAAGAACGCCGCCGCCGGCGACAACGUGAACCGCACGGCCGGUGGGCUGCUGUUCGUCCGGCAGUGGAACAACAUGCAGUACGUCACCAACGCCGCCUUCCUCCUCACCGUCUACUCCCGCUACCUGCGGGAUCAGCACUCUGACUCCGGCGAGCUGGUAGUCCGGUGCUCCGGCGGGACGACGGCGAGCGCCGGCGAGCUGGCGGCGCAGGCGCGGGCGCAGGCGGAGUACGUGCUGGGCGCCAACCCGGCCGGGGUGAGCUACAUGGUCGGGUACGGGCGGCGGUUCCCGCGGCGGGUGCACCACCGCGGCGCGUCCAUCGUGUCGCACCGCGCCGACGGGCGGUUCAUCGGGUGCGUGCAGGGGUACGACGACUGGUUCCGCCGCGGCGGCGCCAACCCCAACGUCGUUGUGGGCGCCAUCGUCGGCGGGCCGGACCACCGCGACAGGUUCGUGGACCGCCGCGACAACUACAUGCAGACGGAGGCGUGCACCUACAACACCGCGCCCAUGGUCGGCGUCUUCGCGCAUCUGCACAGCGAGAGCGACGACCGCCACUGCCGAAAGUAG